GACUGUCGAGAUGGCUCACCCUGAGUCACCAAAAGACAUCACAGAGCGCGAGCAACUGUCUACCUUCAUAACACUCGCUACCACCGCUUUGAACCAUCGCCGACCAGAGGAGCCGGUGGAGAGCAAAACACACGCAGAUGACCUCCUCCUGACUUUGCAGCAUCUCACCACUCUCUUAACAACUGGCACCCCUCCCGGAACGAAAGGCCCUUCCAGAGAUCCCGCAGGCAAUCGUGUCUUCGCCGUUACCGCGACCACUUCUGCCCAGCACAUCAGUACUCUCAUCUUGGUCACUCAGAAUACGCGGGAGAAACUCUCUCCGUCGACAUAUCACAUGCAGUCAUUAAAAGACGAUAUAGACGGAGGUGAUGUCCUUCUUCGGUGGAUUGAAAGAGACCGCGACAUGUACUUUAAGAAUGUGUUCGCUAUCCUUAAUCGAUUUCGUCAAACCGAAGAAGAUCCCAGAUUGGGGGACGAUGCCGUCCGAAAGCUCAAAAAACAAUUUCAUCUCUUUGUCAUAAAUCAUACCUUUCCCAAGAUCGUAGCCCGCAUCCUUAAGGGCAACCAGUCCUGGAAGAAGCAUCCCAUCGACGUCCUCGCCGCUGCGCGCCCCCAGGAUCUUCAUGUGCAGCUAAGCUUUCCCAAGACAAUCGAGGUUCGCCACGACUACCUUGUCGGUUGGCUCUCAAUGAAGGGCAUCGUUCCGCACGUUCCACAUACGCCUGGCGCGAGGGCGGCCUCCUUUCAAGUAACUCCAGACACACUAGACCAAUGGGUUCACGCUAUCACAGAUACCUUCGCGGGUCUCAAAAAAGCCUUGAUCGAUGACGACAACAAAUGCAAACCUGAUCCCGAGCUUGAAGACGUGAUCGAGGCCCUCAAUCACCUAUUGGCAUUUCGUGCAUUGUUGAAGUGCGGGAUUAUCGAAUACUUACUCUCGAGCAAGGAGCUUGCCGCAGCGAUGAAGGAACCGUCUGGCGACGUCGACACCAAUCACGGUAUGCCUACCGUUCCCUCCCCUCCCCUCCCUCCUUCCUUCUGUGUAUCUUGUUCCAUUGACAAUCACGAAUAUGAAGCAGUGGAACUGAACAAUUCGAGUGGUGCGGGUGAUGAAAGUAACGAAGAGGUUGCGUUGGAUGUAGAAGGAGUGAAAGCUAUCACCGAAGAGGAGGAUGAUGUCAUUGCUGAAGACCUUCAAACCAAUAAGCCACGCGACUCCAUUAUUCGGUAUCUCAAGACAAUCGUCGCCUGGACCGAAGCCGUAGAGUCACUUACCGCGAGGCAUUUCUCAUCGCCUAUAACAGCACAUAUCUUCGCCGCCCCUCAUCCCUAUAUUGACUCUAUUGACAAGCAUCUGGCCACAUUCAAAACCAAUAUCCUAACGAACCCCGCUUUCUCAGAGACAGAGAGAAUUCGGGCUCGAGACUGCCUGGGACCUCCGUUUUGGUUCUCAGUAGCAAGUGUAAAAGGUGCGACAGUACACGCAGAGGCGCUUAUGAUGGCUCUUUCUCGUUCGUUUUACAUGACGGAUGUUGCGAAGAAGUCUCAAUCAGCGUUAAGCCUCGAUGACAAAAGCCGCACGGCCCUGCAAAAUGUCUUCCAAACCGCACGAUCCCCCAUAGCAGUUAGCAAGAAAUGCUGCUGGUGUUGUUGGCGGUUGUACCUUCACUUGCACCCAGCUGAAUCGUCUCCCAGGCCUUCGCCCCCCCGAGCAUCGCCGAGCAUCAAUCCUCCGAACAUCGUCCUACUCGGGAGCCACUCGACGAUUUACCCGUGGUCUCCGCCACCGAUCGGGGUUCCCAUUGAGUUUCUCAGAGAUCUAAAGGUGGAGCUGGAGGCGGUCUUGAUCCACACCUUAAAGCAAGGCUCGAAGUCUGUCGAAGGACGGUCUCGUCAGUCCUCUGCUCGUAGCUCCGGUGAGCACGACCGUCUGGAGCUGGUCGAGCCGGUGAACCGUGAUGCCGAACGCGCGGAACUUGUUAAACUCGGGAUAUUGACCCUGUCGAAGCGUAGUGCAAUGUCGGGAUUAGCGCAGAAUUUAGGCCAGGCGGCUGGGGGCUAGCGACCUUGCGUGCUGUGAGGUGUGUCUGGAGUCGACUUCUACGGUGUAGAGAGGCAGAUUUCGACUCAAAGUCUCGUCAGACGACGCAAGCGGUGCGCGGAGUCAAAAUCCAAGGUCCUCGCUUAACUGUCUGCUUUAGGCAGGAGGGGGGAGGGGGCGUGACCCUACGGAUAAUAAAUACAUGCCUGAUCUAAAAGACUGAUCACCGAUGUACUACUCCCCUUCUCCCAUCCGUCGAGUUUGUCUGUAGCCGUCAUGACCGGAUCCACAACAUGGUGAUACUCGGUGCCGUUGAGCUCCGGGGCCAAAAGCACUCGACUCCUUGGG